UUGAAUGCAUCACGGCAAAUCGCUGCGCGCGGGGCGAAUUGGUGACUCUUUUGUGUGUAUUUAUAGUUAACCCGUUAAAAAAAAAUGAGUGUCUGGAAAAGCAAGCAGGAGUAUUUGGCAGACUGAUAACACCACCGGUGAAUGGAGGUCACAGCAGACACGGAGUGAGACACGGAGGGGGAGAGGGAGGACGGACAGCGGCUAUCCGCCUUCAAAAAUGGCGUCUCCGGAGGAAAAUGAGUAAAAAUUAUUAAAACGCGGCCUGUUUCUUUACACUUCCUUGUUCGGAUUUUAGGAUAUUUCCUCAUUCUGGCGUCGUUUUAUCUAAAGUGAGCGGCUUUGUCGUGGCGUUUAGUCGAAUGGCUGUUAAAGAACAAAAAAAGGGGCGAGCGUAUUUGGGGAAAUAAUAGCAGCCCAGUUUUAUUUUGAUGCGUCGUUGCUGACAGCUAGCAUCUGCAGCUAACCCUUAGCUCCGCUCCGUGGAGGGGGUGGGAACGAUUUGCAUGCAGAGACAGAGAGAAGAAAAAAAAAGAAAAGAAAAGAGAUUUUCAAAUUGGGGCUUUCUUUGCUCGCCUAUGGGGAAUGAUUUGCAACCAACGCGGCCCCGAUCGCUAUCUUUUCUAGAGCUAGCAGCAUAGCCAAAACUAGCCCGAAGAAAGGGGAGGAGAGACGGAGAAAAAAGGGACGCGUUCAAGUCAAAUGUUUGAAAGCAAUUCGCCCAUCACCGACCGAAUCCUCUCCUCAUCAUGACCGUGACUGAUUUCAGACCAAAUCUGCAUUCGAGGAAAUGAUAAAUGUGAGAGGCGCAGGAAAAGGAGAAAGACUGGCUUCUUUUUUUGGAGGUGGUUGGAUUAUAACCCCGUAGACCCCCCUCUCUUUUUUCAUCCAGCUUUCUCCUCCUCCCCACCAUUUCUCUUUCAAUAUGCUGUUUUCCACUCCUGAGGACUUGCCUAUGAAACCGGGAAAAAUAGCUUGAAAACGGGAAAGACUGGAUUUUUCUUUUUUCUUUUUUUUUAAACCUCACCCCUGCUACGUUCUCGUCGCUUUCAUCCACCGUCGCUCGCGCUUGUGUACAAGGCAUAAAUGGAUAGAAAUUACCCGGGAACAGGAUUCGGUGAUUUGGGCGCAGGAGCAGGAUGGAGUUACGACAGAACGGCCAAAGCAAGUCUUGUCUAUGGGAGUUCCAGAUCAUCCCACCCUGAGUCUGAGCUCCUUCACAGACAAGCCUACGCCACCCCACACCCUCUGCAGGGCUAUGCUACCAAUCACCACCCAGGGAGCUCUGGCCAAGGCGGGGCUUGGGGAGCAGCUGGACGGAGUUUGGGUCUUUCGGGGCUUUUUGACACAGGCCUGCACCAUGCCAGCCCCUCAGCUCCUGAUGCCUCGGUCAUGAAUCUGAUCUCAGCCCUGGAGUCCCGAGGUCCCCAACCUCCACCCUCCGCCUCUUCCCUUCUUUCUCAGUUCCGCACGCCAUCCUGGCAGACAGCGAUGCACACACCUGCUCCUCCUGAGCUCUUCAUCUCUGGAGCCCUUCCUGGCUCUGGAUCUUUCCCUUCCUCUUCAGCUCUAUCGGCAUAUCAACAUCCAGCAUCUUUCUCCAGCCGCUCUUUCCCUGCUGCCUCCCUUUCCCUCCAAGACACACCCACAUUUAGUCCCACAUCCAAUGGUCUGCUCUCACCACAUGAUCCUCUAAUACACAUCAAAGCCCCUUCGCAGUCAAGUCUGGGUUUUGAUAGACUCCUUUCCUCACAAGGUGCUGCUGCUUACAGGGGCAGCCAGGAUCCCACGGGUGCAACGUCUGCCCAGGCGUCUUCUGCCAGACAUCUGCAGUCGCACCAGUUCAAUCUGCUGUCAUCUCAGCUGCAGGACCAGUCCUCCCAGCUGUAUAAUUCAUCAGUAUUUUCUUCAGCCCAACCCCAGUCUCAGUCCCAGUCUAACUCGGCUCAAGAACGGGCCGUGCCCCGGCAGGACAGCGUUAUUAAGCACUACCAGCGCCCAACGCCGUCUCAGUCACAGCUCUCAUCCUCAGCUGCUCACUCUCUUCAGCACUAUCUCAGCUGUGGAGGGGCAGGGUAUCAACAAAUCGCCACCCACCACAGGCAUGCCAGCCUUUCUUGCAGCCCAUUAGGUGACCAGAGCCCCUCAUCUGAUCGUAAGCCCACCACUCGCACUGAGCAGUAUCGGCCAAUCAUUCAACCUCCCUAUUCCUCCUCUUCCUCCUCUUCUUCCUCAGCUGGGAAAGGUACCAAAAGUAGUUCUAGUAGUGGCUAUUCCUCUGGUAGUUCUGCAUCAUCCUCAAGAACUCCUCACACCCCUCCAUCAGCUUCCUCUACCUCUUCUUCUUCAUCUUCUUCUUCAGCCACUUCCGGUGCUCAUCCUUCUAACUCGAUUCCCACCUCCAGCUCGAGUGCAGCUCCUUCUAGGCAGCAGCCGCCUCCUCAAGCAGCUCAACCUCCUCCUACUCCUCAGCAGCAACAGCCCCCUGCCACAUCCACUUCAGCUCCACAGUCUCUCCCCAAAUCUUGCCUCUCUGGCUAUGGUUCUCCUGUGCCCCCAGUGAAGACCCCUACCUCUGCUCUUACUGGUCAGACUCCACCCCAACAGCAAACACAAUCCUAUUCUCCUAACCAGCCCCCAACAUCCCACCUGGCACAGUCUUAUGGAGGCUUUAAUUCACCUCAAGCUCAAGACUUGAGCUCUGGUACAGGUGGAAAAGGCUAUGGGAGUUUAGGGCGAAGCCAUUCAUAUUCCACUGAUAUAUAUGGAGCUGAUUCUGCUUAUGGAUCACUUCCAUCUUCUCUAGGUGGAGCUGGCAGCCCGUCAUUAGGCUAUGGAGCUCCAGGCCACUCACCUGCUCUUUUAAGAUCAAGUGGUUCAUCAGGUAGUGGAGCAUCUGGCGGAGGAAGCAGCAGCGGCACAGGGAGUGGAAACUCUGGGUCAGGAGGUGGAGCUGGAAAUGGUUUGACCAAUGAAAGAGGCGGAGGUGGUAGUGGUGGAGGCUCUUUUCAUAUUCCAGACUCCAGCCCUUCCCCUUCCGGCAACUCUGGCAUCAUUCGUCCAGGGUUGCACUCUCCAGUUCCCACUUGCCCCACUCAGUCUCCAGGAGGCGCAGGCUCAAAUAAAUACAUUUCCUCAGUUCUUUCACCCACUUUCCUAGCCUCCCCACAAGGCUUUCCAGACACCAGGGGCCCCACCUCCCAACCUCAACCAUAUCAUUCUAACUCGUCUAAAUCAAAGGCAGACACUUCCAUGUUAGGAGUGGGCUCUCAGAGAUCUCAAGAGGAAGUGGAUGAUGAUGAGGAGUUCUUGAUUCAGCACCUGCUUCAAGCUCAAGCGAGCCCUGCUCCUCAGGCUUCUCAUCACCAUGCACAGCAACAGCCACAACAGACAUCUCAGCAAACACAGCCCCAGCCCCAGUCAGUACCCCCAACCAGUGACUCAAACAAAGGGAUGAGUUAUGACAUGGGCAAGACUUCUGAGGAGAGGUACCACCCCCAGAGCGUUAUACGUACCCACAGUGCCACGUCCAAUGCUGGGGUAGGAAAUGCAGGUUCUGCGGCGUCCAUUUCUGGGCUGGAGAACCAGCUAGAGAUGUCACUAAAGAAACAGCAGCAUCAACAGCACCACCUUCAACAGCCACAAAGAAAUGACAGAUCUGUUGGGGGCAGCAGAAGCAGUGGUGGGAGAAGCAGCACGGAACAGGUACAUUCCCACCUCCAUCACCAUGACAACCUUGGCUCUGUUGUUCACUAUGGUCGGGGUGACCCUUACUCCCAGCACUCCCUUGCUUCUCAGCACUCAUCACAUAGCCAACACGUGUCCUCACACUCGCAGAUGCCACCUCACACUCAAAUGGAGCUUCAGAAGAAGCCACAGGAGCGCACACAAGAGAUCCCAUAUCCUCGGAAAACACCGGAACUCCAACAGCAGCAUUCUCAGUCUCAGGCUGCCGUGUCCCUCCUGGACUCCCCCACGGAUCAGUCUUGUCAGCCACCACACCUGCUGCAGUCUGUGCUGUCUCACACCACCCGGAACAAACUGGAGCCACAUCAGCCACACCACAAGAUGGACUCUCAUCAUCAACACCAACAGCAUCACAAAAUGGAUUCUCACCCAACACAUCAGCCACAUUCAAAAAUGGACUCCCACCCUCAGCAUCAGCAGCACCAUAAAAUGGACUCUCAUCCCCAACAGCAGCAGCACUCUAUUGGCCAGCAACAAGCUGUGAUGGAAGGAGCUGGUGGGAGGCUUGGAUCAAGUAAACAUCAGGCUCAGUCUCAGUCCCAAGCCACCCAGCUCCAGCUUCAGCUGCAGUCUCAAGCUUUGGAAGUGGCAGCAGCUCAUUACAAUCAUGGUCCACAUCAGCACGACCAGAGCCAGGUCAAACAAAGCUCAGUUGUCUCCUCGUUGGACAUGCUGGAGCGCUCCCUUUCUCAGACCUCAAGCUCCGAUGUUGGUGUUGCAGAAGACAGACAUGGUGGACCAGGCAGUGCAGGGAGGAGUGGCGGUAGCACUGAGCGUCACAGACAACCGCAGCAGGAGCCACAGAGGCAACACGCUUCCCACCAUCAGCCACAGCAAACCCACCACUCACAGCAACACUCAGCCCCCGAACUCCAUUCUUUCCUCUCAGAGCCCGAUAUCGGCUUGUCCGCCCAGUCUCACAUGCACCACCUUUCACAACAUCACGCACAGCAGCAGCAACAGCACCCAACCUCUCAGCACCAACAAACCCACUCCCAUCACCCUCACACUCAACCCCACCCUCAGCAGCAGCCUUCUCAUCCUCACCAUAUACCUCCACCUUCUGCAUCAACUCACCCCCAGUCUCAGCCUGACCCACAGCAACCACUCUCAAGCCAGCUCCCUCCUCAACAGAGCCAGCUGGACCAACAGCGCUCAGAACAGCACCAGUUUGACACAGUCAGUCCAGUAGAGAAAGCGGACCAAAAUCCGCAAAGCAAUCGGUUUGUACCUUUAACUUCUAUCUGCUUCCCUGACUCCCUCCUUCAAGAUGAGGACCGCUCCUUUUUCCCAGGAAUGGAAGACAUGUUUUGUGCUGAAGACUACAAAUCAAGCUGUGCUGGUGGUGCAGGACCUGGGCAGGAGGAGAUGAAUGAAGGCCACCCUGGGCAAGAAGGAAUGGAUUCACUAAAAGCUGGACAAAAUGCAGCAGGAGCUGGAGGUAGUGGUGGACCGAGCUACGAUAUAAUGGGCCACCAUGGUGGAGAUCAGGCUUAUGAACAAUACUGUCAUGGUCUGGAAGAAUCCAGCAACAACACUAUGACUUUGGAUCUGGACUCUCUUAAAACACAUGAGCUUCCUUCCACUGUCAACACAGAACAGUUAGGCUUGAUACAGUCCCAGGCCCCAGCUAUGGGUAUGGGCUCCAAUUCAGCUGGUCCAAACAACUCUGAAGCUAAACUGUCCUCAGGUCCUGGAGGAACUGGCUCAGGAACAGGUUCUGGAGGCCUUCAGUCUCCAAUUUUUUGCUCAUCUCGUCCUAAAAAGCUCCUCAAAUCCAGCUCUUUCCAUUUGCUGAAAGAACGCAGGGACCCCAACACACUGCCUAAGAAAAGUUACGCUCAAGAAUAUGAGUUUGAGGAUGAUGAGGAUAAAGCUGACCAGCCUGCUGAUAUCAGGUUGAACAGCCGCCGACUGCCUGACCUUUUACCAGAUUUAGUGUCCAGCUGUAGAAAGGGAGGAGGUGGAUCACUCAGCCCUUUAAUGGGUGACAUUGAUUUUUACCACACUUCUAGCUACUCCUCCAUGGGUUCACACUCUAUCCUGCCUCCGGAUGGGCCUAAAAAACGAGGCCGAAAGCCCACUAGGCCAAAAAGAGAAGGUCCCCCUAGGCCAAGAGGCAGACCUCGUAUCCGCCCUAUGCCUGAGCCCUACACUCCACGAGGCAUGAUGUCUGAUAUGGCUGGAUCAACAGUUGGAGCCGGGUUCAACGUGGAAGGACGAGGCAGGGGUAGAGGCCGCGGAAGUCGAGGAAGAGGAGGAAGGAGGGAGGAUAUGUACAUGGAAAUGAGCGGGAAGGAGCAGGAUCAGAUGCAUGCACAUCAUCUCCAUCAGCAGCAGUCACAGCAGCUCCAUCAUCAGCCUCAACAGCAGCAGCAUGAGCCCAUCCCACCUCUCAAGAUCAAGUUGCCAGUUGGUACUCUGCCCUCCUCUGACGCCUUACUGAGGACAGACUCUUUGUCUGGCACCGACCCUGCUUUGUCAGACGGUUCCGUUGGCUCAGCUCCCUCACUUGGUUUAAGUCCUGGACCCCCUUGCAGCACUGAGAGCGCUAGAAGCCAGGACAAGAACAAACAGAAAAGCCAGAUGAUAAGUGACGGAAUGGAUGAAGAGGGAUUGGACGAAAGGGGGGAUGAGAAAGAUUCUGAGUCUAAAGCUGGGUUUGUUGCUUCAUUCUUGGACUUCCUCAAGUCAGGGAAGAGACCCCCAGGGUUGGACAUCUCACCAGGAAUGGAACCUGACAAUGGUGAAACAUCUCCCUGUAAAUCAGGGGGUCUGCGCCCACUGUCUCCAGCACCUCCUCCCCCACCACCACCGCCUCCAUUUGGGGAUGGUGAAGGCAGCGGGGGUUUGGCCCUGGGCAACUGUCCCAGUCCCAAGCGCUUAGAAGAUGAGCUAAAGAGGAACCUGGAGACUUUGCCAUCUUUCUCCUCUGAUGAGGAGGAUUCAGUUGGAAAGAAUCAGGACCUUCAGAAGAGCAUCUCCUCAGCCAUUUCUGCUCUUUAUGACACUCCUCAACUAACCUCAAACAUCCAGACUCCUCUACCACCUCCUUCACCUCCUCAAUCUAUUCAGGCUCCUCUUACCCCCACAUUGCAGCCUCCCACACUUAGUCCACAGCCAUCUGUGGUAACCCCUCACUCCCAGCCCGAGUCUAAUGAACCAGAAGUUCUACCACCAGAAGAUGGGGAGAUGGAAGAGAGCAAGGAGGAGGAGAAUGAGGAGGAAAGAAGCACUGAAGAGGAUGAAGAAACCGAUUUAACAGAAGAGAGGGAACCACAGCUGGAAACCCUGAGUGUUCCUAAACUUGAUGAUCCUCUUCCAGAGAUUCCACCCGAGCCAGAAACUCCAGAACCACCUUAUGUUCCACCAUCUCCUGCUUCAUCCUCUUCUCCUUCCCAUUCUCCCCUCCCUCCCCUCUCUCUCCCCUCGCCUCCACCUCCACAAGAGGAGCAACAGGAGGAUUCCCAGCCUUCAAGCCCUGUUGCGCCUACAUCUCCUUCUCCAUCAUCACCGCCACCUCCUCCCCAACCUGCUGCAGUCGCUCAGCCUGCCACUCCUCCUCCAGCCUCCCCUCCUCCCCCACCCUCUACUCAUAAGGAGUCUCCCACACCGUCCCCGGAGUCUCCUGCCUCUCCUGAGGAGCCUCCAGCUCCUAAGAUCACCUCGCUGCACCUCGCCCAGAAACAAGAAGAUGCAGCCAUUGUUGGAGAGAGUGAGGAGGACGAGAGCGAGAGUGGAGGAGAGGGCAUCUUCAGAGAAAGAGAUGAGUUUGUGGUGCGGGUGGAAGACAUUCGAACACUCAAGCUGGCUCUGCAGACCGGCCGCGAACCUCCACCUAUCUGGAGGGUGCAGAAAGCCCUGCUGCAGAAGUUCAGCCCAGAGAUCAAAGAUGGACAGAGGCAGUUCUGUGCUACGAGCAACUAUCUUGGCUACUUUGGAGAUGCUAAGAGGCGGUACCAGAGAAUAUAUGUGAAGUUCCUGGAGAAUGUCAACAAGAAGGACUAUGUCAGAGUUUGCUCUAGAAGACCUUGGCGUCGAACUGCACCGGGCCUCAGGCGACAGUCCCUCUCAAGAAUGGCGUCCCCUCCUGCUGCCCAGGCACCACCAAGAGUAGUGGAAAAAGAGGAGCGCAUAGCUCCUCUACCAGUCCAGCGUGAACAGAAGGAAAAAUCAAAAACGACAUUGACAAAAGAACACGGAGAGAAAAAAGAGGCUGCAGCUGCUGUGCCAAAAGCCAAGGAGAAGGAGAGGGACCAGGAGAAGGAGAAGGUAAAGCGUGUACAGCCACAGCAGGAGAAGGUGGAGAAACGAGUGCAGCAGGAGAAGGUGGAGAAACAAGUGCAGCAGGAGAAGGUGGUGAAACGAGUGCAGGUGGAGAAACGAGUGCAGCAGGAGAAGGUGGAGAAACGAAUGCAGCCACAGCAGGACAAGGUGGAGAAACGAGUGCAACCGCAGCCGGAGAAGGUGGAGAAGCGCGUACAGCCACAGCAAGACAAGGUGGAGAAGCGCUUACAGUCGCAGCAGGACAAGGUGGAGAAGCGCGUACAGCUGCAGCAGGUAAAAGCAGAGAAGCGAGGGCAGCCACAGCAGGAAAGAGGAGAGAAGCGAAUACAACAACAGCAGGAGAAGGUGGAGAAACGUGUGGGGACAGCGGAACGUGGUAGAGCAAAAGACGACAAGAAAACAUCAGAAAGGAAAGAGAAGGAAAAGUCUGAACGACCACCCAAGUUCAAGCCACCAAAAGUGAAGGCUGAGCCCCCACCCAAGAAGAGGAAGAAGUGGCUGAACGUACCUUCGUCAGUACCAUCAUCGUCUGACUCUGACUCAUCUGAUGAGGCGGCUAGUGAAAAUGAAAUGCCAGUGAAGGGCGGAGUGAACAACCGCGCCAUGAGAGAGAUGUUCAGGAGCUACGUGGAGAUGCUAGUAAGCACAGCCCUAGACCCAGACAUGAUCCAAGCCCUGGAAGACACAGACGAUGAGCUCUACCUCCCCCCAAUGAGGAAGAUUGACAGCAUCCUGAGUGACCAGAAGAGGAGGUUGUUGAGGAAAGUCAGCAUGAGUUCUCAACACCAGGAGGUUCUGCAUGCUUACCCCCAAAUAAUGGCCGACACAUUGGGCACAGGAGUAGUGAGGGUGCGACUUAGCGGUGACGCUUACAAUCGAAAGACCCUCAACAGAGUCAAGAAGACCCUGCCUAAACCACAGGACCUAAAACUGUCAUCUGAGAUGUACCGUGUGUACAGUCUGUACCACUCUCUGCAUCACUAUAAAUACCACACCUUCUUACAGUGCAAGAAAGAGACCAACACCAUCGAGCAGGCAGCUGAGGACCCAGGCCAAGAGGAAGUGGUGCAGCAGUGCAUGGCCAACCAGAGCUGGCUGGACACCCUCUUUAGCUCCUUUAUCGAGCUGCUUACACUCAGCACUAAAGCCUGAGUUAGCCUCGUGAAGAGACCCUGUGAGCUGAAAUGGGAGGAUUUAAAUUAAUUGAUGGAUCCCACUGUACAGCCCCCAGACUCUCUUUAAACCUCUUUCGAUCCGAGGACGUUUUGAAGCCUUUGACAAACACGGAAGGGUUUGUUGAGGUGACCUUGGACACUGGCCGUUUUUCUUUUCUUGUUGGAUCAGUCGCUAAAGAAACGUCUUUGUGAGAGUUGGACCCCAGCAGAUGAGGGGCUCACCGGAGGCUCAAGAGAGAACUGAUCAUUGAUGAAAAUGGGGAGCUACAUUUUUGGAUGGACAUAAAGGAGGAGCCGUAACGCCAAGUCGAAGGAGGAGCCACUGACGUCUUGUUACAUGUGUGUCAUAAAGACAAUAGAUCAGAGAAAAAAAUGCUAUUACUGCUUAGUUUUUACAUAAAUUAUUUUUUUGAAAAAAACUAACAUCAGCUGUCGGCUUUUGAAAAGAGUGGAAGAAGGCGAGAAUGCUUUUUAAACUGCGUGUAGAGUGUGCCGUGAGCAGCGUGAUCAUGGGCACGUCCAGGAAUAAAGAAAGUGUUAAACGCUCCCUCUCUCUGUUGUCGUAUGCAGGGCAGCACCAGUCAGCUGUGUGAUAAUAUAUAAACACAUUUUUAUUAUUUAUAUAAGGAGGUUUUUAACUUAAACUCUCACAAGCGCUGGUUUGCUGUCCUAACAUUUUAAAAAGCUUUUUAUUUUCCACAGGAUCAGUAUACAAUCAUAACCCACAUAUCCAAGUUGUCUUCCCCUCUAUACGAAAAGAACAGACCUUGAGACAGAAAUAUUGUAUUAAAUACAGUGGGUGUAAAAUAAAGAAAAAGACGAGCAAAAGACAAAAAAAGAAUGGCAAAAAAGUUAUUUGAAACUUAACAUUGUUGUGCUUCAGUUCAAUCAUCAUUCAUGCAGGUGCAAAGAAAAAACUAUCCCUUUCCCAUAUGGGAAGGAGGAGUAUAAAUAAGUAAUAUUUAAAGAGAAAAUAGUCAUUUCAUUUUUAUCAUUUUGAUGUCUGUGCAUACUAUGACUUAUUUUGAAAAACAAUCCAAUUUUCCAUAAAAAAGGAAAAAAAAAGAUGUGUAAAUAUUGUACAGUUCUUGAUGAAAUUCUUUGUCCUUCUGUACAUUAACUCCUGUAUUUGAAAAACGAAUAAAAC